AAACAGCGAAAAAAGAAAGCUGCUGUCAUCACGAACAGCAACGUUUUGUGAAUUGUAUCGAGGAAAAAGAACCGCAAGCUGCCCGCAAACGAAAACGAAAAAGGGCAUCUUCCGGUUAUUAAUUUAGUGUAGGAUCUCCCAGAUCUCUUCUGUGAACCGCAGGAAACAGUUCCAAAACAACUCAACGAUGGAACCUUACGAUGUGAUAGUUAAUCAGCCAGUUGUGAUCGACAAUGGAUCCGGUAUGAUAAAAGCUGGCUUCGCCGGAGAUCACAUCCCAAAAUGUCGUUUUCCAAACUACAUGGGAAGACCGAAACAUGUUCGAGUGAUGGCCGGUGCGCUCGAAGGGGACGUGUUUGUGGGACCAAAGGCCGAAGAUUAUCGAGGUUUGCUUAGUAUCCGGUAUCCGAUGGAGCACGGUAUAGUGACGGAUUGGAACGACAUGGAGAAAAUUUGGACGUACAUCUACAGCAAAGAUGAGCUAUCCACGUUUUCCGAAGAACAUCCGGUGCUACUAACGGAAGCUCCACUGAAUCCUAGGAAAAAUCGCGAGAAAGCGGCGGAAAUUUUUUUCGAGACAUUCAACGUCCCAGCUCUUUUCGUAUCCAUGCAGGCAGUGCUCAGUCUGUAUGCCACGGGGCGCGUUACGGGUGUCGUUCUAGAUACCGGCGAUGGUGUAACACAUGCCGUUCCUAUUUACGAAGGUUUCGCAAUGCCACACAGCAUUAUGCGAGUUGACAUUGCCGGAAGAGAUGUCACCCGAUAUCUCCGGACGCUUAUUCGCAAGGAAGGGUUCAAUUUUCGCACAACGGCAGAAUUUGAGAUUGUACGUUCGAUUAAGGAAAAGAUCUGCUAUUUACCCACUAUUCCCCAAAAAGAGGAAAGUGUUGAUACGGAGAAGGUGAAGUACACUCUGCCGGAUGGGAACAUACUGGAAAUAGGCCCUGCACGGUAUCGAGCUCCCGAAGUGCUCUUCCGGCCGCAUAUGCUCGGAGAGGAAUGCGAAGGAAUUCACGAGGUGUUGAUGUAUUCGAUUCAAAAAUCGGACAUGGACCUAAGAAAGAUGCUGUAUCAGAAUAUAGUUCUAUCGGGUGGGUCAACGCUGUUCAAGGGUUUCGGAGAUCGGUUGUUGUCGGAGAUACGGAAACAUGUGUCGAAGGAUAUGAAAAUAAGGAUUGCAGCACCUCAGGAACGUAUCUAUUCGACCUGGAUGGGAGGUUCCAUUCUGGCAUCGCUGGACACCUUCAAGAAAAUGUGGGUUUCAAAACGUGAGUUUGACGAAGACGGCCAGCGAGCAAUCCACCGGAAGACAUUCUAAGUGUAGUAAAAUAUGUCACGAAAAACAAACUCAAAAUGCUAGGUUCUCAAAUUUACACGCGCAAUCGUUUUUCAAACAAUACACUCACUCAUCAGGUAGACUCGGAUUCAUUCCGAGACUUCAGGGUAUGAUGUGGAUCAAAGGUAAGUUUUUCCUCUCCGGACGUUGGGAUGUGUCUUCAGGAGGAAAGAUGAAACACGCAAGCCGAUUUGUCUCCAAUCAAUUUUUAAUAAGGAGAUCAGCUAUCAAUGUUCGCUUUGUGUUGCUCCAAAAUUCCCAGAACGGAUAUAAAAUAAACAUAAUAAGUUAGAAAUGUGAUUGGCAUUGAGUACUAUUUAAAGCUAAUUGUUUGUUUUUUAAAACAAGUUUUAAAACAAUUUGCUGGGUGUAAAAUUUCAGAGUAUGUUACUGUUUUCUCUUAAUUGUUGAAUGACGUGGAAAUACUCAGUUCAAGCAGCGCAGUUUUCCUCACAAUUUUCUAGAAUUCUUCUUAGUUACAACAACGACUUGCUAUUCGAAUAUAUUUUAAAGUAUCUUCAAUAUUUUCAUAAUUUUUAGCUUCAGAAUGCUACUCAUUCCAACUUGUUAAAAAAUGUGCUUUUAGCUUGCUAUUCUUCACUUUUGGCUAUCACUUCUUUCGAUUUUUUCAUUAUUCUGAGUUUGGUUUCAAGUCACCCAAAUUGAGACUUUUCGAGAAAUCUAGCAACAUACAACAAUUUCUUACGAAGACUACUAAGUUACAAAUCAUUAAUUUAUGCUUAAUAAAGUAGAACAAAAAUGAUAAGAUAAUACAACUAAUACAUUAGAUAUGCGAAGAAUAUUGAAGAAAGAUUUGAAAAUCAUGAUAAUAACAAGUGCAGCAUACUGAAAAGAAAUGCCCUGGAGGAUAAAAUAUAUAACGAAACAAGGAAAA